UUUGCAUACCGCGAUGAUCGAUGUUUCAAGACGAAACAUAUAAGAACAAUAUCCGAGACAGUGACAGAAUCCACCUUCCUCUACCCCAAGACAAGUCCAAGAAUAGGGUCCUGGAACAAUGACAGAAAAAAACAUCUACCCCGUAAAAGUGGCCAGUCGCGGACAUACCAUAUGAUCCAUCCCAUCAUGGCCUUCGACCCUCGUAUUGUUAUUGGACCGAUGCAAGUUGGUUCGCUCCUCAGUGCAGUAUUCUACGGCUGCCUCGUUUCCCAAAUUUACUUGUAUUUUAAACUGUUCCCAACAGAUCCUCGAGGCUUUAAAAUCUUCGUUAUAGCUCUUGGAAUUUGGCAACUAGGCCACUUCAUCUGCUUGGUUGCUACGCUAUGGUCCAUGACAGUGAUAGCCUAUGAUCACCCAUCCAUACUCGAUACUCUUCCACUUGGAACAAAAAUUAUCCUCUUGCUCAGCAGCUUCACGUGCUCUACUGUGCAGGCAUUUUACACCAUCAGGCUCUGGAAGAUUUCUAAUAUCGUCAUCCUACCACUUGUCUCAGGAAUGUUAGGUAUAACUGCGCAAGUUGCAGCUUUCAUUUUCGUCGUCCGCGCGUUUAAUAUGGCCAACCUCGAGACGUUCGGAAAGGAUCAACACUUCAUCAUCACAUUCGCAGCAAUAUCUCGUUCGGCAUCUGACAUUUUCACUACCAUCGGUAUAGCCGCAACAACCCUGAAGAAGCGAUCAUUGUACGUUUCGGGCGCUACAGCGACAACUAGGUUAGCUGACCGGGUAAUUGCGUGGAUGCUUGAAACAUGUUUGGUAGCUAGUUUGUUGACGUUUUCGAUCGCCGUCCUGCUCCUUACUUUACCCAACAAUUCCUGGUUUGGUCUAUAUCUCAUCAACGCCAACCUAAUUGCGAAUUCGCUAUUGGCAUGGCUCAAUCGCCGAUUCAUGUUCAUGCGUGAGAUGGACUUAACAGUAUGCUCGACUAUCAAUUUCGCCGAAUGAGGUCUGUCUAGACAAGGCCACCGGUCUCUGAAAUCUGUCUUGUCCCCUCUAUUUGACAGGGGAGAUGACGACUCAUAAAAUUCCUUACAUCUCUUUCCAAGUAUCACCUCACUUGUAUCACUAGUAGUUCUCGUAGUCGAAUUGUGUAUCACUCCCUGUAGCACCAACUCCCGUGGCGUUUAUGCAUCCCUCGUGU